AUGGUGUCCAACUCCCGCAUAUCAGUUAGAUCGGGUAGCGAUUCGAUAUCCAACUACAACCCAAGGGCCACUCCGUUCUAUCCUUCGUCGUUCAAAGUUGUUCCUGAAGCGGAUAGUUAUGAACCAACGCCCUCUCUGCUGGUGUCGCUGUUCCCUUCACAGCACUAUUUACCCCCACAGCCCUUCCCUUCCUUGGUGAACCCAGGACCGUCGCUAGUGUGCAAUAUAGAAGUUUCAAAUUUUGAUAAAAAGACAAAACAGACAACGUUCCAGGAAUUGUUAGAUUCGGUUGUUUCGGCAUUUUCUCACGAUGACGGUAGCGGCGACUACACUGCUGCUGAGUACGACUUGAUCCAGUAUUCCUCUGGCGAACUGGAAACGAAGGAGUCGGAUACAGAGGAUAUCACUGAUACGGAUGAGGACGAUGUGGAAGAGGAUAGUGAAAAUAAGGAAUUGAAACCUCUUGCUUUGAUUCAGGUUACUUGGCCCCUUGCAUACAAGCUCAUAGAGGCGUUUCAUGGCUAUGAAUGGCAUGGAAGAACCUUGGAAGCCAAGAUUGUUUCAGACUCUUCACAUCCAAGGACCUUCGUUCCACAGCCAAGUGGGUCAAUUCCCCCCGGUAUCUCGUCAGGGUCCAGUGGGAGUUCCCGAAAUAGCAGCGUAGGGGGCGGCAGCUCCUUCUACAGUCCGUACUAUCCUAUGUAUAAUCCGGGGCCGCAGUACAACCCUGCAAACUACGAUUAUAAUCUGUACAACCAACUACCUCCUCACCACAAUCUUCUUCUUCAGCAACAGCAACAGCAUCAACACCAGCACCAACAUGAACAAAUUCCUCCGUAUCCAGGUUGGGCAGAUUACUCGGGAACACCUGGCAGAAACUACUUAAGCAGAAGGCCCUCAAACAGAUCCUCAGAGAAGAUCUCGCAGCUGCAAAUACGGCUGCGCCUGCAACUGCUGCAACUGCUGCCUAUUAUUCAUCGCUCGUCUUCUAUUUCAUCCUCGUCGUCUAAUCCUGCUGGGGUUCCACCGUUUAUAAUGAACAUGGUAAACAGUAAUCACACAGGAAGUAGUGAAAACAAGGAAGGUACUACAACUGAAGACCCAGAUAUUGAUAGCCCUACUCUGUAUGAACACAUGCAGCAGAACUUCAAUGCUUCUCGCAGCGAAGCCAUAUAUGUCACCAAUGAAGAAGGACAAACCGUUAAAGUUAAUCCAAAGAGGCUUUUUGUUGGUAACAUCCCAUUCACUUCUACUUGGCCAGCUUUGAAAAAUUUCUUGGUUUCCAAAUCGGAAGAAAUUGAACCAGAUAACAAUAUCGAAAUCUUAAGAGUAGAAAUUCCUAUGCAACCUCAAACAAGUACGAAAAGUGCAUAUGGGGGGAAUGACUUUUACUUGGAUAACGAGGUCAAGCAGAGGCAAGAUAUUAUUCAUGGAGGUGUCGGCGGUGGCAGCGGUGGUUCUGGGAGUAAUGGAAGAGGUAUGAGCAGAGGAUUUGCCAUUGUCACUACAGGAGAUCAAGAAUCAUCAGAAAAGUUGAUCAAAUACUUCGAUGAUGUUGAGUUCGAAGGCAGGAAGUUAACGGUACGAUUUGAUAAAUUUCCUGAUUUUAAUAAUUACCUACUUCAACAGUUAUAUCCCUAUUCUAAAAAUAACAUGAACAAUAUGCAUAUGCACAAUAUGUCUAAUAAUCAUAUGAAUGGGAAUCCGUUUGGGCCUAACGGAAUUCCAAAGUCGAUUGUCUUGAGUAAUUUAGCAUUCGAAAGGAAUCUGUUUCAGCAAAAGUUUUACUACGGCAGAGCUGCUGCAGCAGCGUAUUCUUCAGGAGGAAGUUCAGCGUCACCACAUGUUCAAAUGCCUAUGAUGUAUAAUCCAGGGGUCUAUUAUAACAACCAAGGAAUUAUAGGUUCUACAGUGCCGCCUCCAGUACCUCCUAUUCCAGUCAAUAUGCCACAGAUACCAGGUCCCAACAUUCCUGCUCCUCAAGCUUAUUCACUAUCACCAGAUGGCAGUGUUUCACCUCAGAGUGAAUAUGUUGAUCAAGAGAUGCCUCCUCCUCUUCAAGCUCCAGAGAUUUUUAAAAGCAUCUCCUCAAAGACGGAACUGCCAUUAAAUACAGAUUCUCAACUCAAUUUGAGACCAAGUACUAGCCAACAGCUUCCAGAUGCGAGUUUACCAUCUUCUCUGAAGGUCGCAACAAAAUCGAAGUCAAAAGAUACUAAAAAAGAAAAGGAAAGUGGAGGAGAAAAUGAUGAUCAGAAGGCCCGUGAAUUGGUUGACUCUUUUCGAUCAAUGGGAUUGUCUUCAUAG